AUGUCACCGCUACCAUACCUCACCAAACCAUCAUGGAUAUUCCCCAUCCUCGCAGUGGCAGCCACAAUACUACACUGCAUCAGCCGUCUUUUUAUCAAACCCCAUUACAAUCCCCUCAAGCAUCUCCCCUCUCCCAAGCAAGGCUCCCCCCUUCUACGUCUCAUACACGAACCCAAAGUUUCCGAGAUAGAAAAAUGGAUGGAUGAGCUCCCGCAUCGUGGACUCAUCAGGUACAUGGGAGUCUUCAAUCAGGAACGCAUCUACGUCGCCUCCCCUGAAGCCGCGCAGGAGUUGCUGUCCUCGAAUGCUUACAAGACUAUUAAGCCUGAGCUUCAGUGGAUUCUGGCGAAUAACAUCGCUGGCCAUGGACUGCUCAUACAAGAGGGUGAUCAGCAUAGACAGGCUCGCAAGAGGUUUAAUCCGGUGUUUAGUCCUGCUCAGAUGAGGAAGUGGUUUCCUACUAUCUGGAACCUGGCCAUCGACGCUGUUGACCUACUCCCGCAACACAUAAAGAGGGAACCAUUCUCCCAACACGGUGUGGUAGGAAUCAUCGAACUUGUCUCGGCAGCAAGUAUCGACAUUGUCGGUCGUUUCGGCUUCAGCACCGAGUUCCAGACCCUCCAGAGAGUAACAUCAGGUCAGAACACCAAAGGCUCUCCAGAUCCAAAGGUUCGCUUUGGCAAAGCCUACAUUGAGAUGUUCAAGACCACGAAGCGAGGUCAAACUACCCUUCGUGCAGCGUCCCUCAUCGGACCCCAGAUUGCGCUGAAGCUGCCGCUGCGAGCGGUCAAGACAAUCGAUAGUAUCAUGGCCCUGGUUCGUGCUACGGCAGAGGAUAUAACAACUGACCACGAGCGGAAUAUUGAGAAAUAUCUGGGAAGGUCUGAUCCUGAUAUGCUCACACUGCUUAUGCAGACUGGGCACUUUUCGCAUCAGGACUUGGUUGAGCAAACUGUUCACUUUUUUGCCGCUGCGACUGAGACAGUGGCUGGUUCUACAUGCUGGGCUAUACACUUACUCUCCCGACACCUCGAGAUCCAAGACCGUCUGCGCGCGGAGAUCAGGGAGCAUAUAGUCUCGCCUCGAUCAGAAGCUGGCCAGUCUCAACUUCACAGUCUUCAAUAUCUCAACGCUGUAACUAACGAGGUGCUGCGAUACCACUCCAUCAACACCCUCCUCUGGCGCGAGCCAACACAAGACAUCACUCUUGCAGGAGAGCGAAUCCCUAAAGGCACAAAAAUUGUUUUUUCGCCGUGGGCGCUCAACCGUGACCCUGCGCACUGGGGGCCUGAUGCGCGGGUGUUCAAUCCAUCGCGAUGGCUGGAUAAUCCUAGCGGUGGAGCGGACCACGCGUACUCGUUUCUGACGUUUGGGGGUGGUCCACGUCGUUGUGUCGGUGAGCAGUAUGCCAGAGAUCAACUGUUGUGUUUUAUUGCAAGUCUUGUUGGGCGGUAUAAGUUUACUCCUGUUGAUCUGCAGAAUGGGUCGGAUGAGGGGAGGGAGAUUGGUGAUGAUUUUGCGUUGACGCUGUUUAAGAUUCUUUCGGGGUGGAAGUUGAAUGUUGAGUUAGUUCCUGGGUGGUGA